GCGGCGGCCUCUUGUUCUCACCUUUCCCCUCGCACUCUACUAAAACAUUGAAAAAACGCGAGAUUCCUUCUGGAUAUCUUAUACUUCUCACUGUUUCAGAUCAGUUUAACAGCCGGAUUUCGCACUUUCGAUGGCUGAUUGAGUGGCUGUUCACCGUUGCUGCGGCUCUCUUGCUUCUUCGAUGGCGGAAUACCGCAACUUGGGUUUCAACCCGCAGUUAGAUUUAGAGCAAAUACUUGAAGAAGCGCAGCACAGAUGGUUACGUCCGCUAGAAAUUUGUGAAAUCCUGCGUAAUUACCAUAAGUUUCAUAUUGCACCAGAGCCACCAAACAAGCCUCCAAGUGGUUCUCUUUUCCUGUUUGAUCGGAAGGUAUUGAGAUACUUCCGGAAGGAUGGCCACAAUUGGAGGAAGAAAAAGGAUGGAAAGACAGUGAAGGAAGCUCAUGAGAAGCUAAAAGCUGGAAGCAUAGAUGUUUUGCAUUGUUAUUAUGCUCAUGGAGAAGAUGAUGAGAACUUUCAAAGGCGAAGUUACUGGAUGCUGGAGGAGGAAUUAAUGCAUAUUGUUCUUGUACACUACCAUGAAGUCAAGGGUAACAAAACAAAAUUUCUUCAACCAAGAGAGGAUGGCACAAUCUCACGUAUUACCCAUGUAGAUAGUCCUGCACGUUCCAACUCCUCUGUAAAUCAAAGCCAGUCGCCUUCAUUAGCCGCCAAUCUUGAAAGUCCUAAUAUCACACAUUUAUCAGAAUAUGAAGAUGAUUCAGGUCUAUUUGCAGAUAUUUUUCAAUCAAGUUCCCGAUACAACUCUUUCCUUACGAUGCAGCAAUAUGGACCUCGGAUGAAUGUCAAACUUGCAAAUUCUUGUGAUAUAGCUCCAGAAAAAGAUCAUCCAUUUGCUCAAGUUGGCAUGCACAGUCUUGCAAAUGAGUCUGAUGGUGGAUUAACCUUUACUGGUACCAAAACAAUGAAUGAUAUGGCAUCAUGGCAUGAAAUUUUCGAACGAUGUUCAAUGGAGUUGGAAUCAUCUAAUUUUGACAUGAUUGUUGCAUCUACUUGUGCUAAUACCAUGGAGGAAUUUCCUCGGCAAGAUUCUGUGGAGAAUAUUCUGAACAGUGGCCUCCUUGAUGCCAAUGAGGAUGGUGCAGCAGUACUUAGCAAGCCAAUUUGGCAGUUUUAUGAUGAUGAGGUGGGCUCCCUCAUUCCAUCUAUUACUGAAGCUGAAAACAUCCAAAAGUCAGAUACAAAUCACAUGAAUCAACUUUCAAAUUUGUCUUCCAUAGAUAAUCAAGAUUUGAAGAAAUAUGAUAGCUUCUCUAGAUGGGCGAGCAAUGAACUUGGAGAGGUGGAUGACUCACUGAUUACCUUAAAUUCUGGAUUAUGUUGGAGCACGCUUGAAAAUGAUAGUGUUGUUGCAGAACCCAGUGUGCAUAAUGAAGAGCAUUUUGAUACAUAUCUUAUGGGCCCCUCAAUUUCUCAUGAUCAGCUUUUCAGCAUUAUAGAUUUCUUUCCAAAUUGGACAUAUACAGAACUGGAGACCAAGGUUCUGGUUAAGGGAAAAUUCUUGAUGAAUAAAGAGGAUGUGCAAAAAUACAGUUGGUCAUGCAUGUUUGGUAAUAUUGAAGUGCCAGCUUAUAUUUUGGCUGAUGGAAAUCUAUGCUGCUAUACACCAUCUCAUAAGCCUGGAAAGAUUCCUUUCUAUGUGACCCGUUCCAAUAGGUUUGCUUGCAGUGAAAUACGAGAGUUUGAAUAUAAGCUGAAUAACAUGCAAAAAUUUGAAAAUACUGAUUCUGAUAGUAGCAAUACAAACGAUAUAGAUCUUCUAUUCCGUUUUGAAAAGCUUUUAGUUUUGGAGAACUCUGAUCACACUAGUCCUGAUUCUAGUCAUGAGAGACCUCAUUCAAACUGCACCAUUUGCUCUAUGAUGAUGGAAGUUGAUGUUGAGUUGCUCAAUUUAUUCAAGCAUGCCCCUGAUGAAGACUCCCCCCAUAUCGCUGCAGAGAACUGGCUGCUUGAAGAGCCAUUGAAAGAGAAACUGCAUGUGUGGCUUCUUCAUAAAGUAGGGGAGGAUGUCAAGGGUCCAAAUGUCUUGGAUAACGAGGGGCAGGGUGUGCUUCAUUUAGCAGCUGCCCUUGGUUAUGAUUGGGCUAUUAAACCAAUCAUAGCUGCUGGUGUUGGUAUUAAUUUCAGAGAUGUGCAUGGAUGGACCGCACUUCAUUGGGCUGCAUUUUUUGGAAGAGAGAGGACGGUGGUUACGCUGAUUGCAUUAGAUGCAUCUCCUGGAGCUUUAACUGAUCCAACUCCUGAGUUCCCUUCUGGAAGAACCCCUGCAGAUUUGGCAUCUCAAAAUGGGUACAAAGGGAUUGCUGGCUUUCUGGCGGAAUCCUCGUUGUUAAAACAUCUUCGAGAGCUCACUUUGAAGGACUCAAAAGGCUGUGAUUUAACUGAAUCCUCUGGUUUACUGGACUACCAUCACAGUACUGAUAUGGGCAGCUCACAUAAUGCUUUUGGGGGGACACAAACUUCACUGAAAACUUCACUAAGUGCUGUCCGUAAUGCUACUGAAGCUGCAGCACGAAUAUAUCAGGUUUUCAGGGUGCAGUCCUUUCAUAGAAAGAAAAUCAUGGAUUAUGGUGAUGAAAAUUGUAGAAUUUCAGAUGAGGAUGCCAUUCCACUUAUUUCUGUAAAAAAUAACAAAUCAGGACAACAUGGUAUGCCUGUUCAUGCUGCUGCAAUUAAAAUUCAGAACAAAUUUCGAGGAUGGAAAGGUAGGAAAGAGUUCUUGACUAUCCGGCAGCAGAUUGUCAAAAUCCAGGCCCAUGUUCGUGGUCACCAAGUAAGAAAACAUUAUAGGAAGAUUCUCUGGUCAGUUGGAAUUGUUGAAAAAGUCAUAUUACGCUGGAGACGAAAAGGAAGUGGCUUACGAGGUUUUCGUUCUGAUGAGCCACUCGAAGCCCGAAUCAGCGAAAACCAAGACAUGAAAGAGGAUGAUUAUGAUUUCUUGCAAGAAGGCAGGAAGCAGACUGAGGCUAGGCUCGAGAAAGCCCUUGCUAGGGUGAAGUCCAUGGUUCAGUAUCCUGAGGCCAUAGAUCAGUACAGGAGGCUUCUGAAUGCUGUGGAAGAACUGCAGGAAUCAGACUUAGUACAAGCAGAAACUUCGAAUGAAAUGAUGGAACCUGAAAGGGUUACUGAUCUCAUGUUGGAGCUUGAAGGGUUACUGGAAAAUGAUACUGUUAUGCCUCCAAGCUAGUGAUUGUUUUUGCUCUCUAUCUGUUAGCUGUUUGUUGUAAAGGUUUGCUUCUUUAAAGCUUUUGUUUGUAAAUUAGUUACCUUCUCUGUUGAUAUCAUGUAUUUACUGUGUGCAUAUAGAUUAUAGGUGUUUGGCUAUGAAUAUGUAGCGUUUAGAACUGAUUGAUUUAUACUAUAGCUCUCUUGGUUGAGUUUGGUAUCAACCAUAUUUCAUGAACAUUUGAAGCAAUUUCGUUAGAGUAUGUGCAUUGUAGUAUGUGUGAAGAACCUUAAAGAGUUCACCUUCUUGGGAGAAAUGAGCUGAUUCUGUGCG